AUGGAUACAGACCGAAGUUGGAUGUAUAGACGGCUCCAGGGCGGGUUGCUAUACCCAGGCUUUACAGAGCGCGUGCAGGAGUUUGUUAAUUUUGCUUUACGCCAUCCCACGUGCAUGAGUGGGCCCGAGAUUAAAUGCCCUUGUCCUAGGACAAGAUGUAAAAAUACGAGUUAUCGAGACGUCGAAACGGUGAAACUACACAUUCUGCAGAAAGGGUUUGUGGCAGAUUAUCAAGUGUGGGUUUUUCAUGGGGAGGGAAAUGUUUUAAAUCCCCGUCCCGUUGCACAGCUACCGGAGUAUGACGUUGACAUGGAAAAUGAGGGGGGAGACGACUUCAGCUCUGUUCAGAGAAUGGUUAUCGAUGCUGCCGGGCCAGAAGUAGUCAAACACUCUCCGUUGUCUGCGGCUGUUAAAAUGUUGGACAUCAAAUGUCGUCAUAGUGUGUCAGUAGCUUUAGUAGAUGAUGUGACCGAAUUUAUACAAGAGCUGCUCCCAGAUGAGAACAAGAUGCCAAAGAACUUUGCCGAAAUAAAGAAGAUGGUUAGAGGUCUUGGGUUGCCGGUCGAAGUUAUCGAUUGUUGUUUGCGCAACUGCAUGAUUUAUUGGGGGUCAGACGCGGAUUUAACGCGAUGCAAAAUAUGCGAUCACGAAAGGUGGAAACCGCCCCCUAAAGGAAAUUCUGUAAAAAGACGAGUUAACGUCCCUUAUAGGAAAAUGUUUUAUUUUCCUAUAACUCCGAGACUGCAGAGAUUGUACGCUUCUACAGCUACCGCCAAGCAUAUGACGUGGCACGCAGAACACGAAAUGGUUGAUGGAAAGAUGUGUCACCCGUCAGACUCCCCGGCAUGGAAACAUUUUAGCGAAUUGCAUACAGAGUUUGCGGAAGAAGUUCGAAAUAUCAGACUAGGCCUGUGUACUGAUGGGUUUCAACCAUUCGGGGCCUUCGGGCAUAAUUAUUCAUCAUGGCCAGUAAUUUUGACACCCUAUAAUCUCCCCCCAGGGAUGUGUAUGAAAGAUGAGUUCAUGUUUUUAACUGUUAUUGUCCCUGGGCCUCGAAAUCCUAAACACCAAAUGGAUAUUUUCCUGCAGCCGUUGAUAGCUGAGCUGAACCAACUGUGGGAAUUUGGAGUGCAGACAUUCGACGUUCACAGGCGACAAAAUUUCCAAAUGAAAGCGGCACUUCUGUGGACGAUUAAUGAUUUCCCCGCUUAUUCUAUGUUAUCUGGCUGGAGCACAUCUGGAAGACUGGCUUGCCCACACUGCAUGGAAAAUACGGAAGCUUUCACGCUUAAGGGGAGUAGAAAACAGUCGUGGUUUGAUUGCCACAGAAAGUUCUUGCCUCGUGGUCACAUGUACCGUCGUAAUACUACUGAUUUCCGAAAAGGAAAAAGCGUAAAUAAAGAAUUCGGACAACCAAAAACCGGAGAAGAAUUGUUGGCAGAGGUGGACCGUUUGGGGUUUAUGAAGGCAUAUGAAAUUGGGGCUGAGACAAAUAAUGCGGCGAAAUCGACAGAUUAUGGUUGGAAUAAAAAAAGCAUCUUCUGGGAUUUGCCGUAUUGGAAAACGGAGCUGUACAGUCGCCUUCACUCAACGAAGGCUGACAAGAGGCCGGUCGACAAGCGGGCCCAAGACAUGACUCACUUCCCUGAAAAAUGGGAUGCCAUCGCUCAGAGGCUCGCUGCCGCGACACAGUCGCAGACCGGAGAGGGUAGCUCUGCGAGUCCAGGGGAGGUGAACGAGACCCAGCUGUUUCUAGACAUUGAGGGCGUCAACAAGAAGCACCGGGUGUACGGCCUAGGUUCGGCGAGCAGCAGAUAUGCAGGCCCGAGCAGUAGGACGCAGCGAGGCAGCUCUUCCAGGACGUCGCAGCAGACAGAAGAGGACAUCGAUCUCCGUGUUCAGGCCGGCAUUCAAGAGGGUCUGCGUGAGGUUGAGCAGAGGCUAGCAGAGAAGCAGAGACAGGAGCUGGCGGAGCAGCUGGCGGCUGCGCGGCGUGAGCAGCAGGAGAGCAUGGCCCAGCUUAUCCGUGAGGAGAUCGCGAGGUUGAUGCCUACUCUCCCUUCAGAGCAUCGACCACAGUUCCCCCCUCCCCCGCCAGACGGCGGCGACACUACAGAUUUGUAG